CCCUUUCCCAGGGUGGGGACAAGGUUGUGGAGAUGCAGCGGUAACAGGGCCAUGGGCACCAAGCAGCGGGCACUGGGAUGGGUGGGAAAUGGAUGGAUGGUGGUGGGAAGUGCGGGCAUUAGGAUGAUCAUAGGCGCCGGGAUGGAGGGGCAAUGGGAUGGUGGUGGGCAUCAGGGGAGAGGUGGGCACUGGAACAUGUUGGUAUCAGGGUGGCAGUGAGCAUGUGGUUGGGUGGGCAGUGGGUUUUUGGUGGGCAUCAGGGUGGUUGGGCAUUGGGUUGCUUACUGGGAUGGGUGGGCAUUAGGACGGUGAUGGGCACUAGCACGUGCAGACACUGGGAUUAUGGUGGGCACUGGGAUGGAAUGACAUUAGAAGGGUGGUGGAUAAUGGGGCAUACGUGCGUGAGGAUGGUCAUGGGCACUGGGAAGGGUUGUGCAGUGGGGUGGUGGCAGACACCUGGAUAUUGGGGCAUUAGGAUGCUGUUGCUUAUUGAAACCAGUGGACAUCAGGAUGGUGAUGAGUGCUGAGAUAUGUGAGUUGGCAACAAAAUGAUGGCCACUGGCACUUGUGGUUAUUAGGGUGGUUAUGGACAAUGCAACAGUGGGCACCAGGGCAGGUGAGCUUUAGGACACUGUCACUCCCUGGAUGAGUGGGCAUUGGGAUUAUGAUGGGCACUGGGACAAGCUGACAUCAGAACAGUGCUGGCUGUGGGCAUUAGGAUAAUCACAGGCAGUGGGACAGCAUUGGACAUCAGGAUGGAUGGGUACCAGAAUGACGACAUGUAGGCAACAGGAUUAUGGCUGGCACUGGGAUGCUGAUGGACACUGGGACAUGUGGGCAUCAGGAUGGUGGUGGGCACCGGGAUGGGCGUGCACUAAGGACAAUGUGGGGGCACACACAGCCAGCACCCUCCACCCACCCCCUGGCUGCUUCUAGCUCCAUGCUGUGGCAGCCACAUCAAUAAUUGAGGCCGGUGGCACUGCCCUAGCCUUCCCCCGCCCUCUCCCUGGGCAGGUGCCAGCAGGUGGGCUGGCUCUGCUUUCCACCCAGUCACAGCGUGGAUGCUGUCACGUGGGCACGGGGCAGCCUUUAAGGCAGGCAGGCGGGUGGCAGAGCACAUCAUCACCUGCAGCCAUGAGCAUCCCCAUCGCCAAGUCCUUCUACGACCUCAGCGCCACCUCCUUGCAGGGGGAGAAGGUGGACUUCAACGUCUUCCGCGGGCGGGUGGUCCUCAUCGAGAACGUGGCAUCGCUCUGAGGCACCACGGUGCGGGACUACACCCAGCUCAACCAGCUGCAGGCACGCUACCCACGGCGGCUGGUGGUGCUGGGUUUCCCCUGCAACCAGUUUGGCUACCAGGAGAACGGCACCAAUGAGGAGAUCCUCAACUGUCUCAAGCACGUGCGGCCGGGGGGCGGCUUCGAGCCCAACUUCACCCUGUUCCAGAAGUGCCAGGUGAACGGGAAGGACACCCACCCCGUCUUCGCCUACCUGAAGGCCCACCUGCCCGCCCCUGUGGAUGAGGCAGACCACCUGAUGGCCGAACCCCGUUUCCUGGUGUGGAGCCCUGUGCGGCGCUCCGACAUCUCCUGGAACUUUGAGAAGUUCCUGGUGGGGCCCGAGGGGGAACCUUUCCGUCGCUACAGCCCUCGCCUGCCCACCGCCCAGAUAGAGCCUGAUAUCCAGCGCCUCCUCAAGCUGGCCAAGUAGGGCCGUACUCCCCCCCCCAGAUAGCCCCCGUCCUCUGCCAGGUGAUGGCCCCCUCCGAAACCCCCAUGGGGAGGGAGUCUGAUGGGGUGGAGGGCUGGGGCUGCUGGGAUGGGGCUGGCGGCAAUAAACAAACUGGAGGCAGCAUCCAACCCCCCUGUUUGUGCCCCCCUUCCUGGUUUUUGAGACACCGAGCACAUGGGAUGCAGGAAGUGGCUGUGCAGAAUGGAACGGUGCCAAGCACAGUGGCAGGGAAGGAGAGGGAGAGGUGGAAGCAAUUUCUGCAGCCUCACAGUGAGGGCGUGCCAUCCUGCCCUGCCCAUGACAGGAAUGAGUGCCCUCAAGGGGGGCACAGCAAGCAGAGUGAGGCGACAGCCCUAGAAGGGCUUUGGGUGGGGGGUGGUUGGGAGCAGAGCAAGCACUGGGAAGUGGGGCACAGGAGAAUGACAUCACCCCCAGCCCGUUCCCACUAAGGGGGGGGAGGGGGAAGAAGAGGGGGAACAAAUACAGAGUGCUCCUGCAUGCAGCUCUGAGCUGUAUCAAAUUCACCUUUAUUGCUCGCACUCUUUAGGCAGCUGUGCUGCACAGAACCGUCUCAUGGUGC